AUGACUUUCCUACAUGCUACUGCCUUGGAGCCUCUAUUUUCUGACCACUCUCCAUUAUGCUUGGAAUUACAAGGAUAUCCAACAAAACCUGCUAGACCAUUUAAAUUCUUUAAUUGGUUAGCCGAGCAUAAUGAUUUUGCACUGAUGGUGAAUGAAGGUUGGAGACAUCAAUGCUCGGGAUCCAAGAUGUAUGUAGUAUGGGAAAAGUUGAAGCAAGUAAAGCGAGAGCUCAAGAAGCCUAACCAAACUGAAUUCAUUGGUCUCAAAUCCAAAGUGGCUACUGUGAGAGACCAACUCAUUGAGAUGCAACAACAGAUGUAUAAUGGGCACAACACAUACUUGUUUGACUCCGAGAAGGCAUUGAGGAAACAACUAGAAAAAUGCACCAUGAUUGAGGAGAGUGAAAUGAAGCAAAAAUCUAGAGUUCACUGGCUUAAUCUAGCAGACUCUAAUACUUCUUACUUCCAUGCUAGCCUGAAAAAUGGAGAAUUUCCAUCAAGACUUCUAGGCACUGCAGCAGUGAAUAUUCCAGCUAUCCAACCUGACAUUAUGAAAGAGGGACCCUUACUGAAUAGAGCUCAGCAGUUGAAACUCAUUACAAUUGUAACUGAUGAAGAGGUAGUGCAGGCUCUCAAGGGCAUAGAUGAUAGCAAAGCUCCUGGUCAUGAUAGGUUCAACUCACUUUUUCUCAAGAAGGCAUGGCCAAUUCUUGGGAGUGAUAUUACUACUGCAGUAAAGGAUUUUUUUCACCACUCAAAAAUUGUACAGGCCUGUGAAUUCAGUGAUAUCAAACCAGUUUACUCUUUGACUGCUUUCAACUGUUCUCCAAGGCUUCAGGUUUUUCUUCUACCUAAGAAGAUCAUAGAGAAAAUUGAAGGCUUAUGUAGAAGGUUUCUUUGGACUGGAUCUCAGGAUAACUCAAAAAAGGCAAUGGUUGCCUAG